CCGAGGUCGCUGGGUUGCGAUGCGCCUGGUGCAUCGACCGACGUGCGCGAGCGCAGCAGCAGUAGCAGCAACAGCAACCGCGACAGCGAGUGCUAGUAGUGCAUCGCGUCCGUUCUCCCACAUCGUCGUCGUCGCCGUGGUCGUCGUCAGCGCCGGACUCGCUGGAACGACGACGCGAGCACGCGAGCACGUCGCCACGACCGCGAGAUGAGAGACGUGUGACCGACGAGGCGCGGAUCGCCAGCCGAGACAUGGCUAGCAGCACGGAGGACUACGGGUCCGAGCUGCAGGAGCUGCAGUGGGGCGGCGGCACCACUGGCACGCACUUUCUGCGUGGUGCCGGCGGCGGGUCGCACUACCUGCGUAGCGGCACCGGCGGCUGCUACGAGGCCGAGGAUCUCGAACCAGCCAGCUCGAGCCGGCAUCAUGGCGUUCAACAUCGCGGCUACUACAGCCCGCCCGGCACCAGCUACACCAUCGUCGAGAGGCCGCCCAGCGCGCCCCAUCAUCAUUCCUCGCACGCGACCCCCUACAGAUCACACCGGGGUCACGGGGGAACCACCGGCACCGGUGCCAUCUCCCCGGAACAAGUGCUCAGACUGUUCGGCAACAGCGUUGCCGAGCGUCGUCAAGCUGACCGCAGGUCACCUGCGUCCAGCCCGGCAAGCGUAACGACGGUGCGCGGCACGCCGACCGCUUCCGCCUCCUCGCAGCAGCAGCAGUCGCAGCAGCAGCAGCAAUCGCAACAAUCGCAGCAACAGCAGCAGCAGUCGGGGAACGCCGGGAAUCCGCCGACGUCGCCGAUCUCGCAGCCGCUCAGUCUACAAGAGCUCACCGUAAGGACAAUCACCAUGACGAGAGAUCCGCCGGACUCUCACCAUGGCUUUGGCAUCUGCGUGAAGGGUGGCAAGGACGCAGGUGAGAUCCGAAGUACCUUCAGGCUACCCCCGUCGCCGUACUUCGUACCUCGAGAACGAGAAGUGCAGUCAGGGGUGGGCGUCUACAUCUCGCGAGUGGAAGAAGGCUCGGUGGCGGAGCGCGCCGGACUCAGGCCGGGCGACACCAUCCUGGAGGUGAAUGGCACACCCUUCCGCGCGGUCACCCACGAGGAGGCACUCAAGAUGCUGAAGUCCUGCAGAACCCUGAGUAUGACGGUGCGCGGGCCCGCGCUGGACCCGCGCUGCCGGGGCGGUCACCCCGCGUGGUCGUCGUCGGGGCGUCCGCAAUCCUGCAGCUGGAUGGACCGCCAAGGUCGUCCAGCAUCCCCGCCGCCCCAACACCCGCCCCGCGACUCCCGUUACGGGCCUAGGACACGGAAGGUCGAGUUGUGCAUCGAACCUGGCCAGUCCUUAGGCCUGAUGAUCCGCGGCGGCCUCGAAUACGGCCUCGGAAUCUACGUGACCGGCGUCGACAAGGACAGCGUCGCCGAUCGCGCCGGCCUCCUCGUGGGCGAUCAAAUCAUCGAAGUGAACGGACAAAGCUUCGAGGAGGCGACGCACGACGAGGCCGUCCAGAUCCUGAAGACCAACAAAAGGAUGAGUCUGCUGAUACGCGACGUUGGCAAAGUGCCCCAUUCAUGUACCACCAGUCAACCCAUAGUUAUCCCGACUACUCGGUAUUCCGAACACGAUCCCUUGCUCCUGGAGAGCCCCGGGAACCAUCGUCCACCCAGCCCCGCGAGCAGCACGAACGAGUGGAGACAUCGGGGUGGCGUUCAUACCGUUUCAGCGGCCACCGCCGCUAUGGUGGAGGAAAAGGCAAGAGUUGUGCUCGCUAGGAGCGAGCGAGCCGCGCUCUCGCAACUCCUGGCGGAUUACAGGACGAGGCGGCUUACGAUAGAGGAUCUGGUGGUCAGCCUGGCAGAUCUGCUCAAUACUCACGAGAAGCUGACGCUACUGACAGAGCUCAGGGAACUCGUCGACAACAAGGACAGAGCGGCCUUCGACGACCUCGUCUACCGACCCCGAAUAGCGAUGACUAGGAGAAAAGGAGACCGCGCUCACUCAGACUUGAUAGUGACUCCCUCGCUGCACGAUCUUCCGAGGGGUGUGCCCGGUGGUUGUUGCCGUCCGGGACGACUGGUGGACGUCGAGGGAGAUCCUCUGGGAGUGACGGGCCCUCUUCUACCGCGGGAUAACCAGGAGUAUAGGUCGCCGAGCGAGGACAGCGGUCUCGGGGCCGACAUGCCCAGGACCAGAGUGGGCUGCAGAAGGGCGCAGCAGCACCAAGUGACGACCUCCGACCUCGCUCUCUCCAAUGAUGACGAGUGCGACAAUCAGGACUACGACGACGAGAUUGAGAAUGGACGAGGUCGCAGACAUAGUUCUCCAGGCGGUUCGCGGGGCAACCCUAGAGAUUACGGCCACCACCUGCACCCGGACAAUUUGGAGAGCGACGGGGGUUGCGAGGGUAGCGACGCCGAGAUGAUCGGUAACGGGCGGCGCGGCGGCGUCGCCGGCGAGCGGGAUCGCGAUUUGGACGAGGAUGACGAGCUCGAGUGCAGGGAGGAAAGGAGCUCGGAGAGUGGAGGCGGAGGUGGUGGGGGUUUCGGUGGUUGGAGGUCCCACCUGCUCGGUGGCCUUACGCAACGCGUCAAAUCCUGGUACUGGGGCGCCAGGCCCCUCGAACUCGCGCACAAGCUCUCGCGGAGCUUCGACAUGCAGGAGGCACAAUUGUUGGAGGAAGGUGGCGGUGCCGGUGGCGGGCCCGCUGGCGGCGGGACCGCGGGCGGCCCGCCACGGCGUCAUCACAGCGUGCAGCGGCUGUCUCGCAACGAAAUGUCGGAACGCAGGGAGGAGGACGGCGCCCUGGUGGUGCCGGAUCAUCAAGGCAACCUGCGCAUCACCGUGAAGAAGACCAAGUCGAUCCUCGGCAUCGCCAUCGAGGGCGGUGCAAACACCAAACACCCACUGCCCCGAAUCAUCAACAUACAUGACAACGGAGCGGCUUACGAGGCUGGUGGCCUCGAAGUCGGCCAGCUUAUCCUCGAGGUCGACGGUCAGAAAGUUGAAGGACUGCAUCAUCAAGAGGUCGCACGGUUAAUCGCCGAGUCGUUCGCGCGCCGCGACCGCAACGAGAUCGAGUUUCUGGUUGUAGAAGCGAAGAAGAGCAACCUGGAGCCGAAGCCGACGGCGCUCAUUUUCCUGGAGGCGUAGCAGGAAUCUCCCACCUCCGAGCCGGAACCGCCGUAGCCCGAUCUGAUGAAGGCUCGAUCACCGACGGCGAGUCUCGAGCGUCGCCGCCGAUGAAUCCGAUCGAGAAACCAAUCGAACAAUCACGAUCAAACUUCGGAGAGUUCGCUUUCUUGAUUCGGACGAUCGAGCUAUCAGUCAGCUGCUAAUUAUUCAUUCACCCGGCCCUGGUGGUGGGAACUUCGCUUCACCCGCUAAUGCAAAAAAAAAACAACGUUUCGAAGAUUUCGCAGGACCGGCAUUGCCAGAUUUUCAAGUUCAGACUUUCGGAAAAUUGUUCUAACGGACAACAAGUCGCAUCGACGGAACGAGGAAUCCCGAAGCGUGCUCUUCGAAUCGCGCUCGCCCUCUCGAAUUUUCUUUCCUCGCGAAUCCGCGAGUCCGCAUCAAACUACCGCGUUACUUUAUUGUAUAUAUACAUAGGUGCAUACACCGCUGUACAUAACUCCUGUGAGACAGACAGUUCGAUAGAAAACGAUGAAAUUCGAGUGUGAAGCACCUGGCAAUGCCGGUCCCGAGCUUGCGUCGGAACUGUUCACCGAUUAAUUGCGCGAUAAUUAAUCACCGUCGCAACCACGUGGAGCGUGGCACGAGAUGCAUCAUCCUUCGCAAGAAAACGAGCUCGAAGAUGUAGAGAAAUAUUCACCGCUUCAUCGCUGGUUGCCUCGAAGAUUAGAGAAAUAGACAAAAGAUAUCGUGCAAUGUGCCAAACUAAACUAACGCAAGUUGUUUCACGUAUUCUAUGAUGUUAAUCGAUAAGAGAUCGAUACACGAGAACAGAGCGAGCACGCUCUUUAGCGCGACAAGAGUGCAGACCUAUAUGCUCACACGUAUACACACAGUGUAGUUGCGUGAACGAGAUUACCUCACAAACACACGCGCAAACUUGUACACACACGCGCGCGCGCGCGCGCGAUAUAAUGUUCGCGCGAAAUCCGAACUCGCAGUCGUGUCGGCUCGAGUCGAGAUUAAUCACGCCGUUGAUUAUUAAUUAUGAAUGUUAUAGCAGAGAGAUUUGUAUCCGAAAAGCAGAACAACGAAAACAUCGAAAAACUCGAGAAAAGCUCAAAAUACUCCAGAAUCAUAAAAAUUAAAUAAUAAU